ACUCAGUACAGGACCACUCUUGAGUUCCUCAUUUCUACGUUGCAGAGGCAGAAACACAGCUCAUCGCUUUCUUUCCUGGUCUUUUCUCCUUUGUAAGCCCAGUGGAAAGACUCGAGAUACUAUUUUAUUCACUAUGUUUAACUAUGAAAAAGCAUUCAUCAGUGGAAGAGAGAAGGACUAAGUAAAUCUGACAUCUCUUGAUCUUCGCGACAGAAUAUGAAAAUGUCAAUGGUUGUCUUUUCUCAAUUAAAUAUGUGUGAAUCAAAAGAGAAAACUUUUUUCAAACUAAUACAUGGGUCAGGAAAAGAAGAAACAAGUAUCGAGGCCAAAAUGAGAGCUAAAGAGAAAAGAAAUAGAUUAAGUCUUCUUCUGCAGAGGCCUGAAUUCCACGGAGAAACUAACACCAGUAAAUCUGCCCUCUUCGCCAAAGAAACAAGAGUCUGCCCUGAAGAAGCAGUGAAAUGGGCUGAAUCAUUUGACAAACUGCUUUCUCAUAGAGAUGGAAUGGAUGCUUUUACCAGAUUUCUUAAAACUGAAUUCAGUGAAGAAAACAUUGAAUUUUGGGUAGCCUGUGAAGAUUUCAAGAAAUGCAAGGAACCUCAACAAAUUGUCCUAAAAGCAAAAGCAAUAUAUGAGAAAUUCAUCCAAAAUGAUGCCCCAAAAGAGGUUAACCUUGAUUUUCACACCAAAGAAGUAAUUACCAAGAGCAUCACACAACCCACUCUCCACAGUUUUGAUGCAGCACAGAGCAGAGUGUAUCAGCUCAUGGAACAAGACAGUUACACACGUUUUCUGAAAUCUGAGAUCUACUUACAUUUGCUAGAAGGACGACCUCAGAGACCAACAAAUCUCAGGAGACGAUCACGAUCAUUUACCUACAAUGACUUCCAAGAUGUAAAGGCAGAUGUUGCCAUUUGGCUAUGAGUAAAAGUAAUUUUUCUUGUUUUGAUGGUAACUGUGUUCAUCUGCUUCUAAAAUAUGGUUCGUGUAUAGUAAGAAAUGAUUACACUUUUAAAAUAUACCAGGCAAAAGUGUUUUUUUUUAAAUAUAGAAACUUUUAUACUAAAAUAAACCAUAGUAUAUCUCCCAAUAUAUCUUAUGAAAAUCUAUUUAAUAGUCUAUUCAUAAUAAAUCUCUAUCUCUUCAAUAGCAGUCAGUAAAAAGAUAUUAGCAAUGCCUUGUAAAUUGUUAAAGAAAAUAUAAACUUCUCAGUAAUGUCACAUUCAGUUUAGAUUAUUUUUCUAGGUAUAAAAAAUGUACUUAGGUAACUGUAUAUACAGAUGAUAUUUUACAUAAUAAUAGGUUGGAGCAUAUAGAAAUGAUCCGUUUUUUUAUAAUGGGGAAGAAUGGACAUUUAUUGUUGCACACUAAUUCUGACUCCAGGAUACCUGCUUAUCACUUCCACUUUUAAGCCAACAACAAGAAAUGUUAUAAAGACAGAUUUCUCUCUAGUGGUUAAACAGAUUAAUCAUAAACCAGGUAGAUAUGUGAGAAUGCACUCUGCAGUCAUACUCACUCCAACUGAUGAACAUUCCCCAUUAGACAGAGCAACACUCCUGAUGACAGGAGCAUGUUCAUAUCAACGUAUGUCUACAUAUACACUAAAGGGACUACAUUCUCUCCCAGAUAUGCGCAUGCCACUGAAAUAACACCAAUCAGUGCUUGGAUGAUGACAAUGACAUGCUUCUACACACUAUUUAUGCCUCAAAAUUGAAAAUUUAAAGUUGAAGUAGAAAUCUAAACUGAGAGGUGGUGAAAAUCUAAAUACACAAACCUGACAACUUUGACAUCAGCCAACCCUUAAUAUUAUGUUUGUAUAAUUCUUGUCUAAUACUGUAUUAUGCGAUAAGAUUAUCCUAAUAAAUAUGUCUCUAUAUUACAGAAAUACUUCAUUACAAUGUUUUGAAUAGUCUGUAAAUGUAAGCAUUAAAAAUGACAUGUUUUCAGAUCAGUAAAUGCUAUCAUUUUUGUUGAAAUAAAUAACAUUUAACCAUCUAUAAUAAUAAACUGUUCAAACAUA